UUGAACGUGGCGCCGACGGUUGUUUCCGACGACGGCGUCGGUCCGUUUAAACGCAGAUGGCGCGUACAAGGCAGCAGGGUACCGUUAUGUAGGAAACAGCUGAUCAGAAACCUUCGGUUCGACGAAGAGCGAGGUUGUCAUAGAAACGGAGGGGGUUCGGAGCCGCGCCGAAUCAGUGUUUUGUGUGCUGAAACGCUGAAAAUCAAAUAGCGAAGGAAACAUUUUGUCCGUACCGUCGCGCCGGCUAUAGCACACCUUACGCGUGUGUUACGUGUACAUCCUGUCCAUGCAUCAUCGACGCCGAACAGUCUGCUACGGCGUCGCAUGUCGCAGUCAGUGAGAGAAAGCUCGGAUCGAAAAUUAACAUUCUUUCGUUAAAUAACGCGAUAUUCAAAUGGGAAUUUCACGACUCCGCUAUUUUCGAAACGAAACACAAAAAUAAUAAUGUAAAUAAAAUGUCGAACAAUUGUCUAGACGGGUUACAGUCACCGGGUUUCUACGGACGUUCCGGCAUUCUGGAAACGCACGUGCGGGGACAGUGGUACCGUGUUAUAGUGACCAUCGAGGAGGACUACCUCACCAUUACCCUCGACGAUGCCUGCGAGAACACGACGACCCUGAACGGCUCCCUGAACAAUAAUAUCGAAACCCCCGGAGGUUUCAGUGACACUGUGGACGUGCCCGAAUCCGUGGCGAAUCAGAAACGUCUAGUUAGGGUCGUCAAGUCGGAAAAUAAUGGACUCGGCAUAUCCAUCAAGGGUGGCAAGGAGAAUAAAAUGCCGAUCCUCGUUAGUAAGAUAUUCAAGGGGAUGGCGGCCGACCAGACGGAACAGUUGUACGUCGGGGACGCUAUUCUUUCGGUGAAUGGGGAAGAUUUGCGUGAGGCGACCCAUGACGAGGCCGUCAAAGCACUCAAAAGAGCGGGAAAAGUAGUAGAGCUUGAAGUGAAAUAUCUGCGGGAGGUGACGCCGUAUUUCAGAAAAGCGAGCAUAAUUUCGGAGGUCGGAUGGGAACUGCAGCGUGGCUUCCUGACCGGGGCUCCACCCUUGGUACGAUCGCCUCAGCGAGCUGACACCCGCUAUCUACCCUUACAACUUUGUCUUCUCGCCAGGGGAUUCAAAUAUCCCGAUCCAGAGGGCAGAACAAUCGAACUCCAUUCCCCAGACGGGGUUCACAGCUGUGUCCUGCGAGCAUCCGAUGCCAACGAAGCGGCAUGCUGGUUCAAUACCCUGCAUUCCGCGCUAGCAAUCCUUACCACUGCGGCGCUUCAUGAAGCGUCGCGAGUCAUUCCCGAUUUAAGGCACAUCGGCUGGCUAUUACGAAAACCCAGGUAUGAGGGAAACUUAUCAAGUUCGGAGAGUUCCGAAGAACUGGACAAAUGGUCUUCGGUGUUUGCUGCGGUGACGGACAGCGAGCUCCGUUUCUACGAGUGCGCCCCGUGGUCGUUGGAAGCGUGGCGGGCGCCUGCGGAGGCCUAUCCUUUAAUUGCGACGCGUCUCGUAGGAUCCGGAAAACGGACCGAACUCCCGGAAUUCAGCAUCCGCUGCGCCACGGCCGAGGGCGUCGUCACGCACAAACUACGCGCCGAAACGCACAGGGAUCUGGCGGCAUGGGCCAAAGCUUUAGUCAACGGGAGUCAUGCAAGCGCUGUCACGCAGAAGGAACUUGUAUGCAGAUGUAUUUGGAAAGGACGUCGAUGUCAGCUAGUUAUACAUUUCGAAAAUGGUUUUACCCUUUUAGAAGCAGGGACAGGAUCGAGGACGUUGUGGCGAUACCCUUUUGAUAGGUUAAAAAGUUCAUCUGACGACGGCCACCGGCUUUUAUGGUUGGAUUUUGGAGAAGAAAGUUCAAUGGAAUUGGACUUGGAGGGGAAUCCCAAACCCAUUGUAUUUAUACUUCACAAUUUCUUGUCUGCCAAAAUACACCGAUUGGGCUUGCAAGCAUAGUGUCUUCAAACGGAUAAUGUCAAUUAAACCAUUAAAACCACUCAACAUUCCUAACAGAAACAUGUUGCCGAAGUACUUUUUAAAAACAUUAACAAUUUAAUAAUUAAUAACGAAAAAGUACUCCCCGAUAUUCGAAGUGUACCUAGGUGGUGCUGUAUAUUAUAGUAAGAUGAAACGUAUUAAAAUUCUGUCCAAUCGUAAAAAUUAUUAUGCAUAAUAUGAUAUAUUAAAAAACCCCUAGCACAACGUCUUGUGUAACACAUAAUUAACUAAUUUAAUUAAUAAAUAAUAGGAGUAGCUACCGGAGAAAACAACCAAAAAUAAUAAUGAAACGACCAUGCAAUUCUUAUUGCGCAAGAAACUUAUGAAUCAAUAAGAAAAUUUGUGCCUUUGUAAGUUUUAUAUUUUAUAUGUUCCAAUACGAAAGUAGAACAACAUUAUUAUUGUCAUCCAUACAUCACAAUGGGUUUUAUGAUUUUUAUGGGUUUAUUAUGAUUAAGUAAAAAUAAGACUGUGUAGUGAUAUAUACAAUAGUUUAGAAACUUAGAUAAAACAAUUAUUAGAACUUUUCGGAAAACUACGAAUGAAAAUUGUACCUACCUACCACAAAAGUUUAUUAAACGUUCAAACGGUAAAGCUCCAAUAUUAAUACAAUAUCCUCUUGGGUGCCUCCUUGCCUUUUUGGAGUCUAACAACUCAUAAAAUUCUGUAGCAGUUUGAAGUUUUUGGAGAACGUGACUCACUCGAUCCUGUACUUCUGUGAAGUGCUUGUUGCUCUCUUUUUUAACGUAAUUAGAAAACAGAAAUUUAAGGUAGUUUCCAAACCUCAAGGGUUCUUCGUGCUCGUUAGAGGGUCCAGAAUCUUUCAAAUUGUUUACAGACUCAUCGUCAGACCUACUUCAUUUACUCAAGUAGUCAUUUGAAGCUCAAUUCGUAACAUAAUUUAAAUUGGCGUGUAAAGAGCGUAUUGAUAUUUGAUAAAAUUAUUAGGUACACAAUUUUUUACUGUAAUUGCAAAAGUUACGCAGCAUAUAAAGCAUUUUCUAUUAUUUAUUGUUUUCUUAUCUGCUUGAUUGAAGGCAAGAAUGGCACCCAAUUAAUUUAUACGUAGAAAUCCGAUUGCGCCACUAAAAAAGGGGAAAAAGUCUAAAUCCUUGUCUACUUCCCAAAUAGUGAAAUAAUUAGAGAAAAAAGAUUUAACUACUAAUUAGCCAAUUACUGACCUGGACUAGAAUAAUUAAAACCCAAGAAAAACUAAUUCUGGUUAGUUUCUUUUAGAACUUAUAGCGGCGCCAUAAAAAAACAUUGUCUGAGAAAACAUGGCGGUAUUGCAAUAGGCCCUCGGGGUCUUUCGUUUAGCACUACUUCUUGGGACACCCUGUAUACGAGGGUGGAUUGAUAAGUUUCCGGCCUAACCAAGAGAUGACGCCACUAGGCC